CCACCAAUGUUACCAACAACCACCAUAUCAAUAACCAUUCCAUAUGUCUGGAAAGAUCAUUUUCCUUUGGCUUAGAAGACUACACUUCUGGGAUCUCUUCCUACCUCUCUGGCUACUUCUUAUUUUCUAUUCCUAGGUUUUCCUCUACCUGCAUCAUAGACGUUGGUGUUCCCAAGAACUAUGACGUAAGGUACUCUUCCUUCUUGAGACAUACACCCCCCAACCGGUAGGAGCCGCCCUCCACGAGAGGGCUCGAAGGCCGCGACUGAGUUGCUGUGUCAUCACUUCCCACUUCCUCUGACCCACCAUUCGGCAGGCAGACAUGAUGGAAGCGGAUCGCCCAGAGAAGCUUUUCGUUGCGGGCCUCAACCUCAAAACCGACGAGAAAGCCCUCAAGGCCGAGUUUGGCAAGUAUGGCCGCAUCAUCGAGGUGUUCCUGAUGAAAGACCGAGAAACCAACAAGUCGAGGGGCUUCGCGUUCAUCAUCUUUGAAAGCCCUGCAGACGCCAACGCCGCCGCCAGAGAUAUGAACGGCAAGUACCUAGAUGGUAAGGCCAUCAAGGUGGCCCUGGCCAUCAAACCAGCAUUCAAGAGCAGCCGGUGGGUCCCGCCAAUCCCUGGCAGCGGCGGUCGCUCGAGGUUCUCACACGGAACCAGUGGGGGUGGCAGCAGCCCACAGCAAUCCCCCUCUCGGGGCGGGCCCGAUGAUGGCCGCGGCUACGCGGGGUAUUUCGACCUGCGGCCCUACAGGGCCCUGAUGCCCAGGAAGCGCGGGCCGUCGUGGCACUGGGCCAGCCCACCCCACAAGAGGGCCGCGCCGUCGAGCCUGGCUCACAGCGUUGGCGGUGGAAUGCGCGGGAAGGCACCGACCAUGUCGGGGAGAGAUGGCUACUCAGGCUUGCAGCCACCGCACUGGGCCGGCGCACCCCGCAAGAGGGCUGUGCCCCCGUCGAGCCUGGCUCACAUUGGCGGCAAUGGAAUGCCUGGGAAGGCCCCGGCCCUGUGGGGGCAAGAUGGCUACUCUGGCCCACCGGUCCGGGAGCCGCUGCCCCCAUGCCGCGACCCUGGGGAUUUUGUCCCCGCGCUCAGAGAGUACAGCCGCCGCUAUUAUGGCCACUCCAGUGUCCCCGACUACCGUCCCUUGGGAGGCGAUGGCAACCAAAAUGGCUACAGGGGUCGCGACCAUGACUACGCAGGUCAUCCCAGCAAAGGCUCCUACCCAGAGCCCCUCGAGAGCUACGGAGGCCCAUGCGGCGCUGCCCCUGGGUGGUGGACACCGCCAUCUUAUGGAGGAGGAUGCCGCUACGAGGAGUAUCAGGGCCACUCGCCUGAUGCCUACAGCGGGGGCCGCUCGUACGAGGCCUUGCCCGUCGCCUUGCCAGACGCCUCCAGCGGGGACCGCUCGCCCAAAGCCUAUAGCGGGGGCCGCGGCGGUUCCAGUAACGGUUAUGGCCGGAGCGACCACUACGGAGAAGGCCGCCACAAGGAGUACAGAGGCUACUCACUCGAGGCCAACAGCGGAGGCCACUCGCCCGACACCUACAGCGGGGGCCACGACAGUUCCAGCCGGAGCAACCGCUACGGAGGAGGAGGCCACUACGAGGAGUACCAAGGCCGCUCCCUCGAUGCCAACAGCGGAGGCCACUGGCCGGACGCCUACAGCGGGGGCCACGACAGUUCCAGCCAGAGCAACCACUACGGAGGAGGAGGCCGCUACAAGGAGUACCGAGGCCGCUCGCUAGAUGCUAACAGCGGAAGAUACUCACCCGACGCCUACAGCGGGGGCCAUGACAGUUCCAGCUGGAGAGACUUCUACGGAGGAGGAGGCCUCUCCAAGGAGAACCGAGGCCACUCUCUGGAUGCCAACAGCAGAGGCUGCUCGCCCGACGCCCACAGCGGGGGCCACAACAGUUACAGCCAGAGCCACCUCUACGGAGGAGGAGCCCACAGCAGGGGCUGCUCCACCAAUGCCCACGGUGGGGGCCACUCCGACGACGCCUACAGCGGGGGCCAUGACAGUUCCAGCCGGAGCGACCGCUAUGGAGGAGGAGGCUGUUAUAAGGAGUACCGAGGCCACUUGCUGGAUGCCAACAGCGGAGGCUGCUCGCCCGACGCCUACAGCAGGGGCCACGACAGUUCCAGCUGGAACAACUGCUAUGGAGGAGGAGGCCGCUACGACAACAGAGGCCACUCUCUGGAUGCCAACAGUGGAGGCCACUCGCCAGAUGCCCACAGUGGGGGCCGCAACAUUUCCAGCAACAGUUACGGCCAGAGCCACCGCUAUGGAGGAGGCCGCCAUGAGUAUCAAGGCCACUCGCACGAAGCCCACAGCGGGGGCCACUCCACUGAUGCCUACAGCGGGGGCCACGACAGUUCCAGCUGGAGUGACCACUACAGAGGAGGAGACCGCUACGAGGAGUACCGAGGCUGCUCACUCGAUGCCAACAGCGGAGGCCACUCCGCCGAUGCCUACAGCGGGGGCCACGACAGUUCCAGCUGGAGCGACCGCUACAGAGGAGGAGGCCGCUACGAGGAGUACCAAGGCUGCUCACUUGAUGCCAACAGCGGAGGCCACUCGCCCGACACCUACAGCGGGGGCCACGACAGUUCCACCUGGAGCCAGUGCUAUGGAGGAGGAGACUGCUACGAGGAGAACCAAGGCCACUCUCUCGAUGCCAACAGCGGAGGCCACUCACCCGAGGCCUACAGCGGGGGCCGCGACAGUUCCAGCAACAGUUACGAGCAGAGCCACUGCUAUGAAGGAGAAGGCUACUACGAAGAGUACCGAGGCCCCUCGCCUGAUGCCUACAGUGGAGGCCGCGACAGUUCCAUGAAGAGUUAUGGCCUGAGCGACUGCUACGGAGGAGGAGGCCGCUACGAGGAGUACCGAGGCAGCUUGCCCGACACCUACAGUGGCGGCCGCAACAGAUCCAGCAACAGUUACGGCCGGAGCGACCACUACUCGAGGGGCCAAGACCGGGUAGGCAGACCGGAUUGUGGGCUCCCUCUGCCCAUGGAAAGGGGCAGCCCUCCCCUGCAUGAUUCUUACAGCCGGUCGGGCUGCAGGGUGCCCAGGGGCGGAGGCCGUCAAGGAGACCGCUUGGAGAGGGGGGAAGGCCGGAGCAGAUACUAAGCAGGAACAGACUUGGGAGCAAAAAUCCCUUUUCAAAGAAAGUAACAAAAAGAAGAACCUGUUCUAUGUUAACUACCCAAGGACUAGUAUAAGUAGGAGUUGUUUUUACCUUUUAAGAAUUUCCUGUUAAGAUCUCCAUUUUUAUGCUUUUGUGAGGAAAAACUUAAAAUUUAUUUAGUUUGAAAUUGUUAAUGUUUGUUUCAACAAGUUCAUGUUAAAAGUAUAAGAUAUGAACCUGAGUCUUAGUCUUCUUCUAUUUACAAGUUGAAAUACGAUUAAUGGCUUCUUCCCUUGUAAAUGUUCCUGAUAAAUGAGGCAAACAGUUCUAAGAUCUUUCAUAAACAUCUGCGCACCUAAAAUGGAAAAAUGGAUCAUUCUGCUAAUUUAAACCAACUAGGUUGUGGGUGGAGAGUGGGAGGGAUUGGUGUAUACUACUCUUAAGAUUUCAGGGUGUCUUUCAAACUGAAUCUCCGUGUUCCCAGUAUUAAAAACCAAACAACCAACAACAACAACAACAAAAAUGAUUUAGAUCAAAUGUUUAUGAAAAUAAAUUAUGUUCACUCAGUAAAUCUGAAAAGUAAAUGGAAAAAAAAAGAUAUACACUCUACUGGGUGAUUUCAUCCAACCUAGAUCCAAAUUAUAUUUACAUACUGAUGAAUUGCAAAUUAAGGGUAUGACUAAAAGCCUAUGUUCUGAUCUUCAGGACUUCACCUUGAUAUCUCUCAGGCACCUCAAAUUCUACAAAUAUGAAAUCUGAAAUGAAGAUCUUUUCCCACACUUCUGUUUUGUUUUUGUUUUUGUUUUUUGUUUUUUGUUCUCAUCUCAAUGUCAACAACAACUUCCUGGUGAGUUGCUCAAGCCAGAAACCUGGUAUUCAUCCUUGAUUCAUUCCUCUCCUAAAUUAUUGCAAGUACACACAAAUAUACUUCCAUUCAUUUAAAUUUUCACAAAAAUUAAAUCAUGGAAUUGUUAUAACCAUUACUCCUAUUAAGGGUUUACUUGUUAAAUGAAAUUUUGAAAAAUACUUAGGACAUUACAGCAGUGGGUUGAAAAAUAAAUACUCUAGAAGAGAGUUGCUCAACCCCACCACUGUGGACCUUUUGGACUGGAUAACCA